ACAAUCAAAGGCUACAUUACCACCGGCCGUCUCUUAAUUAGGUUGCGCUGGAUAUAAAAUCUAGUGGAUGCUAUAGAUUAAUAUGAGCAAUCAAUCAUAUGAUCAUACCAUAGCCUGUAUCUAGACAGAUGACAAAAAACUAUACAAUUAGAGUGAAAGCAUAGUUUGAUCGAUGAUACUGAAUGAUAGGUAUACUUAUAGAACGUGGGGUUUGUGUGUUGACCUCGAUCAUUGCACACCGCUGAACCAGAUCAGGCCACAGCGCAUAGCUAGAAGGUGGCCGAGAGAGUAUGGACGCCGGCAAGGUGGCCGAGCUGCGCAGGGUCGACCUCCGCGGCCUCCGACCCGGCGGGCCUGGCUGGGUGCAAGCCUGCGCGGCGGUGGCUGCGUCGAUGGAGGAGCUCGGCUGCGUCGUGGUCGCCCACGGCGCGCUGGACGGCGAGCUCCGGCGGGACCUGUUCGGCCGCGCGAUGCCGGAGCUCUUCGCGCUCCCUCUGCCGGCGAAGCAGGGGACGCUGUCUGGCCAUAUCGGCGGCUACAUCGGGCCCGACCCGGAGAAGGCCCCUGGCCUCGAGAGCCUGCGCAUCUCCGAAGCCACGGACGCCGGCAAAGUCCACGCCUUCGCUGAUCUCGUUUGGCCCGACGAUGGGAACGCCGCUUUCUGUCAGACGAUAGGAGCGUUUGCCAAGGGCAUGCUGGAGCUGGACCACGCGGUGCAGAAGAUGGUGCUGGAGAGCCUGGGCGUCCGGAAGGAGCGCGUCGACUCGCACCUCGCGUCGCUCGUCUACGACGUCCGGCUGUCCCGCUACGGGGCCCUGGCGCCUGUGACCGCCGGCGACGACGACGAAGCGACGACGUACAUGGUCGCGCACAGGGACUGCAGCAUGGUGACCACCAUCACGCAGCACGAGGUGGAGGGUCUGCAGGUGCGUGGCAGGGACGGCGCCUGGAUCACCGUGGCCCCUGAGCCCGGCACGUUCGCUGUUGUCGCCGGCGAGAUGUUCACGGUGGUGACGAACGGGAGGGUGCCUGCCUGCGUCCACCGCGUGAGGACGCCGAGCAACCGCGAGAGGCUGUCGGUGCUGUUCGGGUCGUCGCUGAAGCACGGCGCCGUGGUGGGCGCGCUGGAGGAGCUCGUGGACCACGGCCGCCACCCCUUGCGUUUCAGGCCCUGCGACUUCGACGAAUACGUCAAGUUCCGCUUCGGGCAGCAGAGGCCCGGAUUGAACAGUGCGCUCCAGGAGUUCUGCGGAAUUGGCACCGGCACCAAGUGAAUUACGCUCAGCUAUCUGCCUAUCUGUACUACUACUCCUAUAUGUGUUGUCGUCAUUCGUGCACGUACUCUGUACAUCAUGCAUGUAGUGACCCAGUCAGGCAGUCCGUAGGCUCGGUCGUUCUGCUUGGGUCUUGUUGGGACACCUGUCCGUGUGACGCUCGACUAUUGGUUUGAACACGUUUUUUCUCUAUUAUUAAAGCAUCAGUUUUAACGGUCA